GUGUCUAGUGCAGAACGGGGAAGGGAAGCCAAACCAAGGCAGGGCAGGGGAGGGACAGGAGCCGGGCUCUGCCAGCGGUUUACGGCUUCGGAGAUGACCGCGCUCUGAUGUGGGUUACUCUGUACAGAUUAGUGGAUUUAUUGGUGUGAAUUUCGUCUGCUUGCUAUAUCCGUGGGCAGCAGGCGAGGCAAGGCAAAGGCAGCGACUGGAGCCCAUCAAUGCAAAAGAUGAAUUCUACCGAUGCUGCCGAGGAGGGGGGGCUGACAGAUCCAGACACGGAGCCGUUUUUCAAAACAGUACCGUCUCUGUCCUCCUCCUCUUCUCUGCGUAAUGACGGCAUCAAGGCUGGUGAUGUCCUCACGGUGCUGCGGGAGAAAGUGGCCUUCGUCUCCGGUGGGCGGGACAAGCGUGGAGGCCCCAUCCUGACCUUUCCAGCGCGUAGCAACCAUGACAGAAUAAAACAAGAAGACCUGCGCAAACUAGUCACCUACCUGUCCACUGUGCCCAGUGAGGAUGUGAGUAAGCGUGGUUUCACGGUGAUCAUCGAUAUGCGCGGCUCCAAGUGGGAUUUGAUCAAGCCCCUUCUGAAGACGCUACAGGAGGCCUUCCCUGCCGAGAUCUGCGUGGCCCUCAUCAUCAAGCCAGACAACUUCUGGCAGAAACAGAAGACCAACUUUGGCAGCGCCAAGUUUACAUUCGAGACUAGCAUGGUGUCGGUGGAGGGCCUGACUAAGCUGGUGGACCCGUCCCAGUUGACGGGGGACCUGGAGGGCACGCUGGAGUAUGACCAUGUGGAGUGGACGGAGCUGCGCGUCUCCCUGGAGGAGUUCACGGGGGGAGCGCUGCACCUCCUCUCCCGCCUAGAGGAGCUUCAGGACGGCCUGACCAGACAGGAUCUACCCAUGGACGCGGAGGAGUCACGACGCCUACUGGAGGAUCACGCUAGGCUGCGUAAGACCAUCUCCAAGGCCCCAGUAGACGGCCUGGACCAGGAGGGCCAGCGGCUGCUCCAGAGGAUCCGAGACGGGGGAGACGGCCGGCUGUCGGGGGGGCCGGACUUCCAGAGCCUGGUGCCCAAGGUGGCCGCCCUGCUGGACAAGCUCCAGGCGACGCGACAGCACCUCCUGCAGGCCUGGCAUACACGCAAGACACAGCUGGACCAGUGCUUUCAACUGAGACUGUACGAACAGGACGCAGAGAAGAUGUUUGAGUGGAUCAGCCACAACAGAGAGCUGUUCCUCCAGAGCCACACGGAGAUUGGCCAGAGCCACCAGCACGCAGCCGACCUGCAGGCCCAGCACGACCACUUCGCUAUGAACUCAAUGAAUGCCUAUGUGAACAUCACACGUAUCGUCUCGGUGGCGACGCGGCUGUGUGAGGCGGGACACUACGCGUCUCAGCAGGUGGGGCAGGUGUCGGGCCAGCUGGAGGCCGAGUGGAAAAGCUUCGCCGGAGCGCUGGAGGAACGCAGCGCCAUCCUCACCAUGUCAUCAGUAUUCCACCAGAAGGCAGAACAGUUUCUCGCUAGUAUAGAGGGUUGGACUAAGACGUGUAAUGAGGGGGGUCUGCCGUCGCCGGGGCCGGAACUGGAGGUCGCCAUUCACAACCACCAAACACUGUGUGACCAAGUUACCACCGCAUACAACGAGGUCAGUCAGAAGGGUAAGACCCUAUUGGACGUGCUCCAGCGUCCGCAGCCCCCGCCUGACUCCGGUUCGCUGACAGCGGGGGCGGACUACUCGGGGGCGGUCCGCUCGGUGCUGGAGGUGGUGCACGAUGUACUACACCAGAACCGCCACCUGGAGGCGCUCUUGCAGCACCGCAAACUACGCCUGCACCAGAGACUACAGCUGUGUGUCUUUCAACAGGACGUGCAACAGGUUCUUGACUGGAUAGAGAACCAUGGCGAGGCGUUCCUGAGUAAACACACUGGCGUGGGGAAGAGUGUCCACCGGGCGCGGGCUCUGCAGAAACGACACGAUGACUUCCAGGAGGUGGCACAGAACACGUAUACCAAUGCUGAUAAGCUGCUGGAGGCUGCAGAGCAGCUGGCCCAGACGGGGGAGUGCGACCCGGAGGAGAUCUACUCGGCCGCCCACCACCUGGAGGUCAAAGUUCAGGAGUUCGUACGCCGCGUAGAGCAGAGGAAACUACUGCUGGACCUCUCAGUGGCCUUCCACACACACACCAAGGAGUUGUGGACGUGGAUGGAGGAGCUCCAGAAGGGCUUGGUGGAGCAGGUGUGUUCUGGCUCGGUAGACGAGGUGCAGGAGCUGAUUCGCCAGUUCCAACAGCAGCAGGGCAGCACGCUGGACGCCACACUAAACGUUAUUAAAGAAGGAGAAGAGCUAAUACAACACCUCAGGGACUCUGCGUUGGCAGCUAACCGCUUGCCCCAUGCUAGCUCCGUAGCGCAUAUCGAGGGCGUCUUACAGCAGCUUGACGAGGCCCAGGUGCACAUGGAGGAGCUGUUCCACGAGAGACGCAUCAAACUGGACAUCUUCCUACAGCUACGCAUCUUCGAACAGUACGGCCUGGAGGUGAGGGGUGAGCUGGAUGCGUGGAAACAGGAGCUGCAGCGCCAGGCGAGCGACUUCAACGCGGAGGAGCUUUCAUUGGCCGAGCAGAGACUACACCGCCACACGGAGCGCAAGAUGGCCAUGAACACCAUGACCUUCGAGGUCAUCCAGCAAGGUCAAGACCUCCACCAGUACAUCAUGGAGGUCCAGGCUUCAGGUAUGGAGUUGACGGGGGAGAAGGAUGUCGACUUGGCCACUCAGGUGCAGGAGCUGCUGGAGUUCCUUCAUGAGAAGCAGCGAGAGCUGGAGCUGAGCGCAGAACACACACACAAGCGGCUGGAGCAGUGCUUACAACUACGCCACCUACAGGCAGAGGUCAAACAGGUUCUGGGCUGGAUCCGUAAUGGUGAAUCCAUGCUGACGGCCAAUACAGUGAACGCCGGAUCGCUCUCAGAGGCAGAACAACUACAGAGGGAGCACGAGCAGUUUCAAAUGGCCAUCGAGUCUCUGCUCCACGCCGACUCCCUCCAGCGUACGCACCAGAGUGCCCUCCAGCUGCAGCAGAGAGCUGAGCUGAUGCUCCAGGCGGGUCACUACGACCCGGACGCGGUGCGGGCCUGUGCCGAGACCGUCGCGCUGCACUGGCAGACGCUCAUGCUGAAGAUGGAGGACCGCCUGAAGCUCGUCAACGCCUCCGUCGCCUUCUACAAGACCUCAGAACAGGUGUGUAACGUGCUGGAGAGCCUGGAGCAGGAGUAUCGUCGUGAGGAGGACUGGUGUGGAGGUCACGAUAAGCUGGGCUCCACUGCCGAGUCGGACCAUGUGGCCCCUCUCAUCAACAAACACCUGGAGCAGAAGGAGGCAUUCCUCAAGGCGUGUACUCUGGCCAGGCGGAAUGCUGAGGUGUUCCUGAAGUACAUCCACCGCAACAACGUCAGCAUGCCGGGAUCCAGCCACACACGCGCACCGGAGACACAGGUCAAAGCGAUCCUGAGCGAGCUGCUUCAGCGUGAGAACAGGGUUCUCCACUUCUGGACCAUGAAGAAGAGGCGGCUGGACCAGUGCCAACAGUACGUGCUGUUUGAACGCCACGCCAAACAGGCUCUUGAUUGGCUUCAGGAGUCGGGCGAAUACUACCUCUCCACACACACGUCGCCGGGGGAAACGGCCGAGAAGACACAGCAGCUGCUCAAGGAGUACGAGGAGUUCAGAGUCUCAGCUAAGCAAACGCAGGAGCGUGUGAAGCUGCUGAUCCAGUUGGCGGAUGGCCUGGUUGAGAAGGGCCAUGUGCACGUAGCGGAGCUGAAACGCUGGGUCUCCACGGUGGACCGCCGCUACCGAGACUUCAGCCAGCGCAUGGGACUGUACCGCGCCAGCCUGGAGCGGGCACUCGGGAUAUGCGCAGAGGACAAUAAAGACCUGGAGCUGGACAUCAUCCCGGCCAGCCUGACCCACCCCGACCCAGAAGUGACCCUCCACGACCCGGAAGUGACCCUCCACGACCCCCACCACGAGGUCAACGAGGAGAAGAGGAAGUCAGCACGCAAGAAAGAGUACAUCAUGGCGGAGCUGCUGCAGACGGAGAGGGCCUACGUCAGGGACCUGCAGGAAUGCCUUGAGACGUUCCUAUGGGAGAUGAGCAGUGAUCCCUCUGAGAUUCCGCAGGGCAUCGCCAACAAGGAGCACGUCAUCUUCGGAAACAUACAGGAGAUAUACGACUUCCACAACAAUAUCUUCUUGAAGGAGCUGGAGAACUAUGAGCAGCUUCCAGAGGAUGUGGGACACUGCUUUGUCACAUGGGACCAUUGCAAGCGAUUGUCGGGCAAGAUUUCCUCGUCGUGA